AAUUGAACACGGGUCUGAGGUGUCAGUGACUCAACAGUUUCUCUGAACUCAACUGAACCCUUCUGCCACAUCGUGUGUACAGUAUUUUCCAUUACAAGACAUCUGUUGUCUUUGGACUCGGUGAAUCACUGGUUCUAUUGCUCAUAGUUGGACUGAAAGAGCAUCGUUUUCUUGGCUGAAGCUAUGGAUUAUGCGCUUCUUGGGUCCUUCCCAAAAGCUUGUUUAGGUGGGAACAGUUGGAGAAGGGAGAAUCACAAGAAAAUUUGCUUUUCAGGUUCAUAUACUGCAGUUAGAGUUUCAAGGUGCAGAGAAUGGGACAUCCUACAAAGAUACUGUGCUGUUGGGCCUCAGCAUCCGCAACAGCAUUUAAGGCAUCAUAACUUAGGCACUAGGGAAGGUUCUACAUCCUACAGGACCCAUAAAAAGUUCCUGGUGAAUGCAACUGCUGGUCACCCUUUAGAUUCUGAAUCUGGAGCUUAUAAUGCAAAAAACGUCUGGGGCACUAUCAAAAAUGCAACAGAUGCUUUUUACCGGUUUUCAAGGCCGCACACAGUUAUUGGCACAGCAUUGAGCAUAGUUUCUGUUUCUCUCCUUGCAGUCAAGAAUCUAUCAGAUUUUUCCCCCUUAUUUUUCAGUGGGUUGCUGGAGGCUGUAGUUGCUGCUCUCUUCAUGAAUAUUUACAUUGUCGGUUUAAAUCAGUUGUCUGACAUUGAUAUAGACAAGGUGAACAAGCCUUAUCUUCCAUUAGCAUCAGGGGAAUAUUCGGUGGUGACUGGCAUCAUGAUUGUGACUUCUUUCGUGAUUCUGAGUUUUUGGCUGGGAUGGAUUGUUGGUUCAUGGCCAUUGUUGUGGGCCCUUUUCAUCAGUUUUGUACUUGGAACUGCUUAUUCAAUCAAUGUGCCACUACUGAGAUGGAAGAGGUCUGCUGUGGUUGCAGCAAUGUGCAUUCUAGCUGUUCGAGCAGUGAUAGUUCAACUUGCUUUUUUCCUGCACAUGCAGACUCAUGUGUACAAAAGACCGGUUGCCUUCUCGAGGCCACUUAUCUUCGCAACUGCAUUUAUGAGUUUCUUCUCUGUUGUUAUUGCAUUAUUUAAGGAUAUCCCUGAUAUUGAUGGAGAUAAGAUCUUUGGCAUCCGGUCCUUUACAGUACGUCUGGGACAAGAGCGGGUAUUUUGGAUAUGUAUAUGGCUACUUCAAAUGGCUUAUGGUGUUGCCAUUUUAGUUGGAGCAUCAUCCUCCUUCAUGUUGAGCAAAUGCAUCACGGUUUUGGGACAUGCAAUUUUGGCUUUGAUACUCUGGAGCCGAGCAAAAUCUGUAGAUCUCACCAGCAAAGCUGCAAUAACGACCUUCUACAUGUUUAUUUGGAAGCUCUUUUAUGCUGAGUAUCUACUUAUACCACUUGUUCGAUGAGGAAGAUACAAGUUGUUUUUUGAGAUUACUUGUAAUUGGCCGAAAAACUAGAAGGUUAUUCUACUGCAAUGUAAGGUAGAAUCAUUUUAUUAGUGCAGACAGGGACAUCAAUCCUUAUAUUCAUUG